CCAGUCGAUAUUCUAGGUGUUUCCUCGCGGAAACGUGGUGACUAGCAACAAAGCCCCGCGUUACCGUUGCCACGCUCGGCGGUACCGAGUUCUUGACGUGACGAUUAUCACAGGUCUUUUUCUCGCAAAAUAAAUUGUGACAGGUGCGAAAAUUGCGGAGCGAUGACGAAGACCGAGGACGAAUUUGACGGAAUGUUGCUGGCGUUGGCACAGCAGCACGAAGGCGGUGUACAGGACUUGCUGGACACCUUCUUCAGUUUCUUGGCGAGAAAAACAGACUUUUACACCGGCGGCGGCGAGGGGGCAGCUGAGAAGCUUGUUAUGAGCAAGUUUAAGAAAUAUGAGGCCGGCGCUCUAGCCAAGGCUGCCUCUGAUAAAGCAGAAAGAGUGGAGCAAGAGAGAAGGCGUAAGGAGAGACUCGAGAAGAAGAGGAAAGAGGAACAAGUGGAGGAAGAGAAAAUAGACAACGACUCCAGAAUAGUUGAAUUAACCGACGAACAGGCUGUUAAAUUGCAAGAAGAAAUAGAGAGCAAGAAAUUGGCGAAUGACGCUGCUGUCGCAGGCUCCAGCAGCGAUCGUAGCGACAGUGCUAAGAGUAAAGAAGGUGAAAAUGCCGAGUCGAAGAAUUCCCCCGCAUCCGAUGAGGAAGAGGAGGAUGAGAAGGAGAAAAACAAGUUGAAGCCUAACAGCGGUAACGGCGCGAACAUGCCAAAUUACAGAUGGACGCAAACUCUUGGAGAAGUGGAGAUUAGAGUGCCGCUAAAGGUAAACUUUUCGGUCAGACCGAGAGACGUGGUCGUGUCGAUCGCAAAGAAACACCUGAGCUGCGGCCUGAAAGGCCAUCCGCCAAUUCUUGCUGGAGAUUUCCCAAACGAGGUCAAACUGGAGGAAUCCACUUGGGUAAUUGAGGACGGAAAACUAUUGCUGAUUAAUGUGGAAAAGGUGAAUAAGAUGCAAUGGUGGCCACAUGUUAUAACAAGCGAGCCUGAAAUCAGCACGAAGAAAGUGAACCCCGAACCUAGUAAGCUCUCUGAUCUCGACGGAGAGACAAGGGGUCUCGUGGAGAAAAUGAUGUACGAUCAGAGGCAGAAGGAAUUAGGACUCCCGACGUCCGAUGAACAGAAGAAGCAGGACGUCAUCAAAAAGUUCAUGCAACAACACCCCGAGAUGGACUUUUCGAAAUGUAAAUUCAAUUAAAAUAUUUAUGCUUAACGAUACUCCGGUACUACACAUUGAAACUUUCGCGAUACAUCUCGCUUUUCAUUAUCAUAACACAAUGUGUGAUCUUCUACGCUCGUCGUUACCUGUAUCGUUGAAGAUGAAAGUCUACACGAUCGCGAAGAUGGCAGCACAAUGUUAGACUGUGAUGCCACGUACAGAGUUCUGCUAAUGCGGUCGAAAUAUUGUUCAAUUAAUCUCUUUGCCUUUUUUUCUACGUUUUCCUUGCUUUUUCUUAUACUUAAAGAAAAACACAGAGAUUCAUUGCGUAGUUACAAAUAUUAUUUUCUGUGUUACGCUUAUCUAUCGAACUCAUUUAAUGGAAUAAAGAUAGAUUAAAAUUGUAUUAAUGAGACGCAACUUUGAAAAUAAAAAUCUAAUAAAACUGUU